ACAUUUAGUUGCUCCCAAGCCCGAGGAAAGUUGCUGUAGAUAUUGUUCAUAACUGAACUGGAUAAAGUACAUGCAAGUCAAAAGAGAAAUCUAUCCAUCAACACCAGUCUUGGAUCCACAGAAUAUCCCAGGAAGUAAAUACUUGUAAGUCAGAGAAUUCCAGCCGAAGGUUCUGACCUAUGAUUACUAACAAUUAAACAGAAAACAAAACAUGCUUGACUAGGGACUGCUAUGAGAUUAAAUGCAUUAAUCAUGCAACCAAGGAAACAAAAUCCUCAAGUCUUACGAUUUAAUACUGGUCAUAUAUAACUGCAAGUGACACUACCUUUCAAAUUGAGUAAAUAAUUGUACUUUGUCCUCGGCCUGAUUUGCAGAAAAGGUGUGUUGGAGUAAUCGUUAUCGGUAGAUUACAUAUGCUGGGCAUUUAUCUGCACGAUAAAUCCUAGUAUACUCAAGCACCUGUCGAUUGGUUAUACAGGAAGAGAAAAGGAGCAUUCCGGGGUGUUACCCUCACAGUACUCUCAAUAAAGCGUUACAAAGACAUAGAUCAGUAGUUAGAGAAGACUACAGUUACAGGAGACCAUGGACCGUCAGGACUUUACACGUGACUGGUACCAAAAACAAAACUUUAACUCUCCGGCAAGUUUAGAAAUGAAGGAAAUGCGACGCCAAAGGGCCGUCAACGGUCGCGCGUACCCCCCUAGUGAUUCCGGAGACUACCGAAGGCCAGAAACUGGGGACCCGUCUCCCGAUUACCACUCCGCUGGUCAUCAAAUAGAUAAAAGGUAUGUCGCAAUGCCUGGAAUUGCAAAUGCACGAAAUCGGAACAGCUUUGCUGGUGUGAGCGCAAAUCAAAGACAUUAUCAGGAUGGAUACGGAAACAGAUUUCACGAAAAUCAGGAAGGAUACAUAAAUAAUGGAUUUGUGGCGGCUAGCAGCGCUAGAAAUUCCGGGGCUUUUGGAAACCCAAUUGAACGCCAGCGUCCUCAGAGCGUGGCUUCUGUACCGCGAGAGUCCGCAUAUAUCAUGUACGACGGCAACAGAUACACGGCGUCCGAAUACAACCAUUACAGUGUACCAGGAGAGGACAAUGGACGACCCUCUUGGGUCACAAAAGCAAGUCCAGACCGCGAAAAGGAAGAUGACAAAAAACGAGGGCCGGUGUUCACUGUUAGUGUUUUGGCUCGAAUAAUAGUGAUCUUCUGCAUCAUUUGGGAUCUAUCAAUGGAUUGGUUGUUCGUCAGCUCUGCCGACACCGAAAACUUGUCCCUGUUCCCUUCCGAUAACGCAAUGCAUUGUCAAAAUAAUGUAAAUGUUAGCCUAGCAUUUGAUCCAGACUGGAACACUACCAUAACCCACACUUUAUGUUAUAACCAAGUACGAGUAUGGAUAGCCUUGACAGCGUUUUCCUUGAUAGGAUCUCUACUUUCCAUCAUUCAAAUAAUCAAUAUUGGAUGCGAGAUCAUCAAAACAUGCAAACCUAAUGUAUUUCAAGUGUUGAAUGGACAGAGCGAGGUUUUGCUUGUUCUAGUUUUCGAGGAGCUUCCACAAAUAGGUCUUACGAUAUCCCUUUUCUCCCUCUGUAAAUGUAAUAUCCCUCCUGACUCCGACGGGAGAAUCACAGCCCUGUACGGUCUUCUAAGUGUCAUCAGCGCGACCGUGUCCAUGACGGCGCGUUAUGCUACCAGUUUUGGUGGGCUUACUGCAAACGGCGGAUGCUGCAAUACUUGGUGGCGCUGCGCCUGUUGCAAAGACCCGGAAUACUUCUGUCGGAUCAAGCCAAAAGAAGUGUGCUGCACGUGCAACACGCCCUGUCCACUUUGUUGCUGCACUCUUUAUUGUAGAAGCUGCAAAUGGUCGCCACAGACUUGGUGUGCGCCUCUGCUGAAAGCAUUUUCAUGUUUCUGCAAUUGUUGCGGAACCGACAACGAAAUGUACGGUAUAAGAAUGAUGAACAAUCUGGGACUUUUGAUGCUGUGGUUCUGCGUAAGCUUUCAAAUAGCCGUAUAUGUUAUUACUUAUGGAUGAUGUUGUUGUAACCAAUGAAUAAACAAUAUAUUGUAAAUAGUGACCCGACUUUACAGAGGUGAUAAAAUAAGAAAGUUCUACACAUUAGAUCUGCUCUGUAGUGGAAUAUACAUGUAUAUGACACACAAUAUAUUCUUUGCAAUCUAUGCUCUUCAUGUGAAUUGAAUGCAUGUCUCCAACUCUCAAGAUGAUGUCAUCACACGAAUCUAUCAAUAAAGAUCAAGAUAAACCUGUCAGAAAACACCAGGAAGUCUUUUUAAAAUCGAUAUAGAUUUGGGUUUCAACCCAGGUAGAUUACAUCACCAGUAUGCCUAUAUUUAUUAUCUUGCUCGUUGAGAUCCUUUGCAAAUGUUCAUUGUAGCAAAUUCCACGAACUGUGCGACCUACUUCGCAACAUUGUUUGAAAAUAUGUUUUCUGGUUUAUUUUUUAACCUUUUAUUUGAAUAAGUGUAAUAAAACACGCUUACCUUUA